CCUCGUCUCGGGGGUCGGAGCCCCCGCCUCGCCUCGCCUCGCCUCACCGGGCGGACGCGGCCCGCGGCCUUCUCCCGCCCGGGGCUCGCCAAGAUGUACAUCAAGCAGGUUAUCAUCCAGGGUUUUAGAAGUUACAGAGAUCAAACAAUUGUCGAUCCAUUCAGUUCCAAACACAAUGUUAUCGUGGGCAGAAAUGGCUCUGGAAAAAGCAAUUUCUUUUAUGCAAUUCAGUUUGUCCUCAGCGAUGAGUUUAGUCAUCUUCGUCCAGAGCAGAGAUUGGCGUUGCUGCAUGAAGGCACUGGGCCUCGAGUCAUUUCUGCUUUUGUGGAGAUUAUUUUCGACAACUCAGACAACAGAUUACCAAUUGAUAAAGAGGAAGUCUCUCUCCGUAGAGUCAUUGGUGCCAAAAAAGACCAAUAUUUUCUAGACAAGAAAAUGGUGACGAAAAAUGAUGUAAUGAAUCUUCUUGAAAGUGCGGGUUUUUCUCGCAGUAACCCAUACUAUAUCGUCAAACAAGGAAAGAUUAACCAAAUGGCAACAGCACCUGACUCUCAAAGGCUGAAACUAUUAAGAGAAGUGGCUGGUACUAGAGUCUAUGAUGAACGUAAAGAAGAGAGUAUUUCCUUAAUGAAAGAAACAGAGGGUAAACGAGAAAAAAUCAACGAGCUAUUGAAAUACAUUGAAGAAAGAUUACAUACCCUGGAAGAAGAAAAAGAAGAACUAGCACAAUACCAGAAGUGGGAUAAAAUGAGGAGGGCUCUGGAAUACACCAUUUAUAAUCAGGAACUUAAUGAAACCCGUGCUAAACUUGAUGAGCUUUCUGCUAAACGAGAGACUAGUGGAGAAAAAUCGAGGCAAUUAAGAGAUGCUCAACAGGAUGCUAGAGAUAAAAUGGAGGAUAUUGAACGACAAGUUCGAGAGCUAAAAACGAAAAUUUCAGCUAUGAAGGAAGAAAAGGAACAGCUUAGUGCUGAGCGACAGGAGCAGAUUAAGCAGAGGACUAAAUUAGAGCUUAAAGCUAAAGAUCUGCAAGAUGAAUUGGCAGGCAAUAGUGAGCAAAGGAAACGGCUGUUAAAAGAGAGACAGAAGCUUCUUGAGAAAAUUGAAGAAAAGCAGAAAGAAUUGGCAGAAACGGAACCUAAAUUCAACAGUGUGAAAGAAAAAGAAGAGCGAGGAAUUGCUAGGUUGGCCCAAGCUACCCAGGAAAGAACAGACCUUUAUGCAAAACAGGGUAGAGGAAGCCAGUUUACAUCCAAAGAAGAACGAGAUAAAUGGAUUAAAAAGGAGUUGAAGUCUUUGGAUCAGGCCAUUAAUGACAAGAAACGACAGAUUGCUGCCAUACAUAAGGAUUUGGAGGAUACUGAGGCAAAUAAGGAGAAAAAUCUGGAGCAAUACAGUAAAUUGGACCAAGAUCUUAAUGAAGUGAAGGCUCGAGUAGAAGAACUGGACAGAAAAUAUUAUGAAGUGAAAAACAAGAAAGAUGAGUUACAGAGUGAAAGAAAUUAUUUGUGGAGGGAGGAGAAUGCAGAGCAGCAAGCCCUUGCUGCUAAGCGAGAAGAUUUGGAAAAGAAGCAGCAGCUGCUUAGAGCAGCAACUGGGAAGGCUAUCUUAAAUGGCAUAGACAGCAUAAACAAAGUCCUGGAACACUUCCGACGAAAAGGCAUAAAUCAGCAUGUUCAAAAUGGAUAUCAUGGCAUUGUGAUGAAUAACUUUGAGUGUGAGCCAGCUUUCUACACUUGUGUUGAAGUAACUGCCGGAAACAGAUUGUUUUAUCACAUUGUGGAUUCAGAUGAAGUAAGUACCAAGAUUUUAAUGGAGUUUAAUAAAAUGAAUCUUCCUGGAGAAGUAACUUUUCUGCCUCUCAACAAACUGGAUGUCAGAGACACUGCCUAUCCUGAAACCAAUGACGCUAUUCCAAUGAUCAGUAAACUGAGAUAUAAUCCCAGAUUUGACAAAGCUUUCAAACACGUGUUUGGAAAGACACUUAUUUGUCGGAGCAUGGAAGUGUCUACCCAGUUGGCCCGAGCUUUCACCAUGGACUGCAUUACAUUAGAAGGUGACCAAGUCAGUCAUCGUGGUGCUCUAACCGGAGGUUAUUACGAUACAAGAAAAUCUCGACUUGAAUUACAGAAAGACGUAAGAAAGGCUGAAGAAGAACUAGGUGAACUUGAAGCAAAGCUCAAUGAAAAUCUGCGUAGAAAUAUUGAGAGGAUUAAUAACGAAAUUGACCAGCUCAUGAACCAAAUGCAGCAAAUCGAAACCCAGCAGAGAAAAUUCAAGGCUUCUCGGGACAGCAUAUUGUCAGAGAUGAAGAUGCUGAAAGAGAAGAGGCAGCAAUCUGAGAAAACCUUCAUGCCCAAGCAACGGAGCUUGCAAAGUUUGGAGGCAAGCUUGCAUGCAAUGGAGUCAACUAGAGAAUCACUAAAGGCAGAACUGGGGACAGAUUUGCUUUCUCAGCUCAGUCUUGAUGAUCAGAAGCGAGUAGAUGCACUUAAUGAUGAGAUUCGUCAGCUUCAGCAAGAAAACAGACAGCUGUUGAAUGAAAGAAUUAAGUUGGAAGGUAUCAUUACUCGAGUAGAGACGUAUCUCAAUGAGAAUCUGAGAAAACGCUUAGACCAAGUGGAACAGGAAUUGAAUGAGUUGAGAGAGACAGAGGGAGGUACUGUCCUCACUGCCACAACUUCAGAACUUGAGGCCAUCAACAAACGAGUAAAAGAUACUCUGGCACGAUCAGAUGAUCUGGAUAAUUCAAUUGACAAAACAGAAGUUGGAAUUAAGGAUCUGCAGAAGAGUAUGGAGCGCUGGAAGAACAUGGAGAAAGAACAUAUGGACGCUAUAAACCAUGACACCAAGGAGUUGGAGAAGAUGACAAAUCGGCAGGGCAUGCUUCUGAAGAAGAAAGAAGAGUGCAUGAAGAAAAUCCGUGAGCUUGGGUCUCUUCCCCAAGAAGCAUUUGAAAAAUACCAGACAUUGAGCCUGAAACAGUUGUUUCGUAAACUUGAGCAGUGUAAUACCGAACUGAAGAAAUACAGUCAUGUCAAUAAAAAAGCUCUGGACCAGUUUGUAAAUUUCUCAGAGCAGAAGGAGAAAUUAAUAAAGCGUCAGGAAGAGUUGGACAGGGGCUACAAAUCUAUUAUGGAGCUGAUGAAUGUCCUCGAACUCAGAAAAUAUGAGGCUAUUCAACUAACUUUCAAGCAGGUGUCAAAGAACUUCAGCGAAGUGUUCCAGAAGUUAGUUCCUGGUGGCAAGGCUACUCUGGUGAUGAAGAAAGGAGAUGUAGAGGGUAGUCAGUCCCAGGAUGAAGGAGAAGGGAGUGCUGAAAGUGAGAGAGGCUCCGGCUCACAGAGCAGUGUUCCAUCAGUUGACCAGUUCACUGGCGUUGGAAUUAGGGUGUCAUUUACAGGAAAGCAAGGGGAAAUGCGAGAAAUGCAGCAGCUUUCAGGUGGACAGAAAUCCUUGGUGGCCCUUGCUCUGAUUUUUGCUAUUCAGAAAUGUGACCCAGCUCCUUUUUACUUGUUUGAUGAAAUUGACCAGGCCCUGGAUGCUCAGCACCGAAAGGCUGUGUCAGAUAUGAUUAUGGAGCUUGCUGUACAUGCCCAGUUUAUCACAACUACAUUUAGGCCUGAACUGCUUGAAUCAGCUGACAAAUUCUAUGGUGUAAAAUUCAGAAAUAAGGUUAGUCACAUUGAUGUGAUAACAGCAGAGAUGGCCAAAGACUUUGUGGAAGAUGACACCACUCAUGGUUAA